AUGGGUCGCCCGCGCACUACGUCAGCGGGGAGUUUAGGGUUUGCAGCUGCCCACAAAGCCAUCGUUGAUGCCCUAACAAAGCUGCUCCCUUCUUCAUCUUCGGCAGAUGAAAUUUUGCCCACAUUGAUCUACUCACUUGUCACUUGUCCGCCCGAGGGCAUCAAUAUCACAAGCAAUUUGCUUUUCAUCCAACGUUUCAGAUCAUCCAACAAGGUCGACGGGGAGACAGCGUACUGUCUGACCAAUCUUGAAGCUGCGAUCAGCUUCUUGGAGAAUGUUGAGUUGUCUAGCUUGCGAGCGGAUGAACUACAGGAAGGUCCUCUCAAGACCCCUAGCGAGACCACCCCGUCUUCUGAGCGAGUCGACCCCUUUCGACCGUCUAAAGAGACUACAACGUCGUCUGUAACAACAGUAUCGGCGUCGCCUGAAAUUGCAAAGCCCGAGGCAAAAGAACCGGUGUCAUCAACAUUACCUCGGCCUCGCCCUUCUCCAGCGCCGCAGCAGCGGCGGCUGAGCAACCUUUUUCAACCGCCCGCCAAAGUCCUCGAGGCUGCCAACGAUGCUGUUCGCAAUACAGCAGACCAGAGUCUGAAGAACAUCGGUGCUUCGUUAGACAAUAGUUUCAACUUUCUUUUCGGUCGUCUCAAGGAGCUGCAGAGCCAAGGGCCCCAAGGAAAUGGACCGGUAUUGCCCAAGACACUGGCCGAAGCUCGCCGUCUCGUUGCCGCACCACCGGCCAACAGACCAACCAUUAUGCAAGAUGAUAUGCUUUCAAUUAAUUCCAUUCCUUCGGAUGACGGUGCACAAACACGCAGCGGCCAACGGGCAACCGGACUCACCAGCGGUGGCCGCACGCCUCGCGACCGAAGCACGGAUAGCGCAAGGACCCAGGCGAGCAGCAAACGGUCCAUCACCGCGUCACUUCGUGAUGAAUACGCUCAGAGCCCGUCGACCAUUACCAGUCCCAAUCCCUUGGAAUCAAUGCGAAGCUUUGGCAACACGCUCAAUCCACUCAAUCACAUCCCGGGAAUGAUUAAGAACUUCGGCCGCAACGCACCAGACACUCCUAGUGCCAGAUCAACAUCUCCUGCAGCAAUGGACCGUCUCAAGGUGUCACCUGGCUCGGUAGACGGCAGCAGUGGCACACCGAGCCCACUCCCUACCUCUUCAGGAAAUGUUGAUCCUCCCAUCCAACGAUUUCUUGAAACCCAAGAUGUGCGUGAUCUUCGCAUUGGAGAUGUAGCAAUAUUGCUUGAAGAUUACAAACGUUUGGCCCUUGCGCUGUCCAAAUCCGGUGCAGGAUCUCGCUGA